GGGUAUUCUCAGUCAGGACAGGCCACUGAGGAAUACAGCAAGUCAAAAAAUCUGAAAAAAUGUUUUAGUUAAUCUUGUCUCACAAUAGACUCCAUUCCAUGUACCUAAGGGGUGACCUAGCUGGUGAGUGGAAUCAUGUGAUCUUCUUGUGAUGUCAACUGUGCUCAGAAUGUUUAUUGUCUGGACAACCAGACCAGCCUCUUGGGAGCAGAUGUGCACUCUCCAUACCCUACAGUAGUCAGAAUAUGGAGAACUUCUCAUUCCUCAGCAUUUCUGGGCCGCGAAUCCCUUCCUCUGCCAUGAGCACUUUUCCUGAUAUUAUAUCCUCCCGUGCCACCAGCUUACCAGACAUCACAAAGCCUGCGGUACCUGCUGAGGCCUCCGGCCCAGCUCAGGCCCUGCCACCCCAGUACCCAAGCAGAGCUCUCCACCAGCACAGGGUACAUAACACGGUGCUCUCACCAGACUGCACAGUGGGGGACACCCAGAACGGAGAGCAGCUGAGGCGGAACUGCACCAUCUACCGGCCCUGGUUCUCCCCUUACAGCUACUUCGUGUGUACGGACAAGGAGAGCCACCUGGAGGCCUACAACUUCCCAGAGGUGCAGCGGGACGAGGGCAGGGGGGACAGCUGCCUUCCUGAGGACAUAGCUGAGAGUGUCUGUUCGUCAUCCUCCUCCCCAGAGAACACUUGCCCCCGAGAGGCAACCAAGAAAUCCAGGCAUGGCCUGGACUCCAUGGACUACAUCACGUCCCAGGACAUCCUAAUGGCCUCUAAGUGGCACCCAGCCCAGCAGAACGGCUACAAGUGCGCGGCCUGCUGCCGCAUGUACCCCACCCUGCACUCACUCAAGAGCCACAUCAAGGGGGGCUUCAAGGAGGGCUUCAGCUGCAAGGUGUACUAUCGAAAGCUCAAAACCCUCUGGGGCAAGGAGCAAAAGGCCCGGCCAGGGGACAGGCUCGCCUCAGGUAACUGCCAAGCCUUCAAGUAG